GUGCCGGAGGGGAUUUCUCGGAGCAGGCGGCCGCCCCUGCCCUUGCUAUUGCCGCCGCACGCCGGCCCGUCUGCUGCCCGAGGAUGCCAAGGGCCCCCCGGCGCUGCCUGCUCCCCUGCUGGGUGCCUCUGCUCGUCACUUUGUGCUGCUGCCCGCACUGGGCUGCCCCAGAUGACAAUGCCUUCACCAUUCUACAUAAAAAGACCAACAAAUGCAUUCAAGUUAAAAACCUGCAGAUAUUGGCAGGGGAUUGCCAAAGAUCAAAAGAGACUUUAUGGACUUGGGUCUCCCAACAUCGCCUCUUUAACUUGGGCUCUCAAAAGUGCCUUGGACUGGAUAUUACCCAAACCAAUAAACCUUUGAAAAUGGUAGAAUGUGACUCAAACCUUAUUCUCUGGUGGAGAUGUGCUGAUGACUUCAUACUUACUGCAAAUGAGAACAAGUUGGCAUUAAAGGAGGAAUUGGUUACUGCAAACAAGGUCUCUUCUGACAGCUGGAGAAGAAACAACUCUAGUGAUGUUGUUUGUAAAUAUCCUUAUCGUGAGACAUAUACAAGGGAAGGUAAUUCCUAUGGAAAGCCUUGUGAAUUCCCUUUCCUGUUUAAUGGCACAUGGCAUCAUGACUGCAUACACAAUGACAUGUUUGCAGAUGGCGAAUGGUGCUCCACUACGUACAAUUUCAAUCAAGAUGGAAAAUGGGGGUACUGCUUAAAACCAGAGGCUGGUUGUCAGAAUACCUGGGAGAAUGAUAACGCUUCUGGGAGUUGCUACCAGUUAAACGCUCAAGCUUUUCUUUCUUGGAAAGAUGCUUAUGUCUCAUGUCAAAGGCAAGGUGGAGAUUUGCUGAGCAUCACCAACACAUCUACGUUAAGUUACUUUAAAGGUAAGGGGAGCAUUGCAGAGGAAUUUUGGAUUGGACUACACCAGCUGGGCAGUUAUGAAGGCUGGCAGUGGUCAGAUCACACACCUUUGAGCUUUGUUAGCUGGAGCCAAGAGAUGCAGAAUUCAUCACCGCUGGAUGGGACAAGUUGUGUGGUUAUGAAUGCUGAUACAGGCCUCUGGAAGAGUUAUCCUUGUGAGACUGCACUUCCUUAUGUCUGCAAAAAACAAUUCAAUGGUACCAAAGUGGAGCUUCCAGAAGUUCAAGACUACAAUGAGACCGAGUGCGAUUCUGACUGGCUUCCUCACAAUGGGUUUUGCUAUAUGCCAAGAAAGAUCUCUGCUUCCUGGGAAGCUGCACAACAGUUUUGUAAAGCAAAGAACAGUGACCUAAUCAGCAUACAUUCCUUAGCAGAUGUUGAAUUGGUUGUUACCCAACUUCAUGAUGAAACAAAUGACACAGUGUGGAUUGGUUUCAUGAAUAAGGACAUGCCGGCCUCAUUUAAGUGGGCAGAUGGUUCUGAAGUAGUCUUCACAUACUGGGAUCUGAAUGAGCCAAACGUUCCUUUCAACCGCACUCCUAAUUGCGUGGCUUAUUCUGGAAAGUUGGGUCGAUGGAAAGUCCUGCCUUGUGAAAAUCAACUUAAAUAUGUGUGUAGGAAAAAAGGAAAGGUUUUGAAUGAAACAACAUCUAGUAAAGACUGUACCACAAAGGAUUGGAAGAGACAUGGAAAUUUUUGCUACAAGAUUGGGAAUGAAAAAGUGUCCUUUGGAACUCAGUGCAAUCUCACGAUAGAAAACAGGUUUGAACAAGAAUUCAUAAAUAGUUUGAUUAGAAAGCAUAGCACAGUUGAAGAGCAGUAUUUCUGGACUGGCUUGCAAGACCUCAACUCUUUGGGAGAGUAUAGUUGGGGAAGCGGAGGUGAAAAUACUGAAAAGCUAUCAUAUGCAAACUGGGACAGUCUUCAGCCAGAAUAUUCUGGAGGAUGUGUGGCUAUGGCAAGCGGAAAACGCCUCGGGAAGUGGAAAGUCCAGUCUUGCAGCACAUUUAAAGCUUACUCUAUUUGCAAAAAAUACAUUGGCCCACCAAGGCCAACAGAAGUGGUGCCUAAAUUUACGGACCCUUGUCCUCCAGGAUGGCACAACGGCUCAGAUCUUUUCUGCUAUAAGUUAUUCCAUAAGGAAAGAGUGCUGAGAACCAGAACCUGGGAAGAAGCGGAAAGGUUCUGUGAGGCUCUUGGCGGCCAUCUUCCUAGUUUUAACCACAAGGAGGAAAUAAAGGAGUUCCAUAAUAUAUUGAGGACUGUCAUCAGUGAUGACCGAUGGGUCUGGGUUGGCCUAAAUAAGAGGAAUCCAGAAUAUCUAGCAUCAUGGCAGUGGAGUGACAAUAAGCCUGUAUCUACUGUUAUUAUGCCUCCGGAGUUUGAAGAAGAUGACUACGAUGUUAGAGACUGUGCAGCCUUCAAGUCUCUUAGUGUAAGACGGAGACCGUUCUGGCGUCCUUAUCUUUUUGAUGACAGAGAAUAUUUCUAUUUAAAACCUUUCCGUUGUGACGCUAAACUGGAAUGGGUCUGCCAGAUCACUAAAGGUACUAAAAUAAAGACUCCCGAGUGGUACAAACCAGAUGAACAUGCAACUCAUGGGCUUUCAACGGUUAUUGACGGGUCUGAAUUCUGGUUUGUGUCAAAUAAGAACCUGAGCUAUCAAGAAGCUGCUCUCUACUGUUCUUAUAAUGGAAGUGAUUUAGCUUCUGUGGCUUCAUUCACAGAAUUAACUGGAGUCCUAAGCAGAUUGGAAAAGUUAUCAGAUAAGUGGCAGAAUUGGUGGCUGAAAUCUGUGAUUCCUGCUGGUCACUUCCAUUCAUGGUUUCCAAUAUAUUCAAGUUAUCAUGAACGACAUGGCAGGGAUUGUUGGCAUAUUUCGUAUCACAGCUGGUAUAGAGAUCCCAGAAUAGACUGUAAUUCAAAACUCCCUUUCAUCUGUGAGAAGUACAACGCAUCACUGUUGGAAAGACAUGACCCAGAUUAUAAACAACCCAAAAGAUGGUGCCCUCAAAAUUGGACAGUUUUUCAGGAUAAGUGCUUUCAAAAAAUAACCCCUCGGAAUACCACAUAUCUGAAAGCAAAUGAGCACUGUCAAACGCUUGGAGGCUUUCUUCCUUCAAUUAGGAACCAAGCUGAACAAGAUUUUAUAACAUCCUUGCUUCCCAAUAUGCCAAAAGACAUUUGGAUUGGUUUGCAGUUUACAGUGAAGACACACAAAAGCAAAUGGGAAGAUAACAGUGAAUUACUGUAUACCAAUUUCCACCCAUUGAUCCGAGGAAGAGUAAGGAAAAUUUUAAUUGAUGUGUUUAAUGAGGAAGUGACCAACCAAUGUGGUGUUUUGCUCAACAAUCCUAACUCCAUGUAUAUCGGGGCCUGGAAUUUUACUUCUUGUGCUGAUCAACAAGCUUUGGUUAUAUGUCAAAGGGAGAAAGAUGCUGAGUUUGUCAGUAACCAAACAGAAGAACGGUCUAAUAACUCCAUGAACUACUUAAACGUAACAUAUACCAUAAUUCUGAAGAACCUGACCUGGUAUGACGCCCUACAGGAGUGCCAGCUGCACAAUAUGCAGCUAGUGAGCAUCACAGAACAAUACCAGCAGGCUUUUCUUGCUGCCCAGGUUGCCCAUCAUAAUUACCCACUGUGGAUUGGACUCUCCAGCAAAGAUGAUGGAAUUUACUAUCAGUGGUCAGAUGGAAAACAUAUUCGUUUUAGUUACUGGUCUGAAGAAGAGGAUAAAGAUGAAGCAGAUGACUGUGUGUACUUGGACAGCGAUGGAUUUUGGAAAACAUCUGAAUGUCAUGUAGAAAAACCAGGAGCUAUUUGCUAUUUACCAGGAAACGAAACAAAGGCAACAGAAGCAUAUGGAUCUGUUACAUGUCCACACAAGGUUAAAAAUACACCAUGGAUACCAUUCCAAAACAGUUGUUAUACAUUCACAAUAACAAAGGAUAGAUGGAAGGAAAUUCGAUCAAGUGACGCUCACCAUUUAUGCAAGACAAUGAGUUCCAAUAAAACAGGAGCGGUGAUCGCUUUUGCUAUUAUAAUCAUGCUGGCCUUCCUUGGCGGGCUGGUAUGGUUCCUGUACAAGAAACAACGGCUGCAGUGGGCUGGCUUCUCUUCCGUACGUUACGAACGGGGGAUAUACGAAGAUGAAAGUCAUAGCAUGUUUACCAGAGAUGAUGACUGA